AUGGGCUUUUCUUCUCCUACCAUUGCUCCUCCUCACUCUACCCGUAACGCUCUCCCGCCCCACCAACGCAGCUUCACCUCACCCCAUAUUUCCCUGCUCUGCCGCUUCGUGCCGCCUCUUUCCCUCAUCCCCCUCUCGUCCUGGUCCCCCCAUCCCCCGCAGCUUCCCCCCCCCCAUGCCUCCGCGCUCUACAUCGUCCGCCUGCGCUCUUUCCUCCUCUCACCCCCAACUCACAUCUCAUCUCCCCUCAUCUUUUUGCCUUUCCCACCAUCCCCCGCAGCUUCCCCCCCCCAUGCCUCCGCGCUCUACAUCGUCCGCCUGCGCUCUGCACCGCCCGUUGCCUCGUACCGCGGCGGAAUCCCCGGCUUCCCGGCAACGGCCGUGUGGGACAGCGACCCUAACGGCUGCGCAACAGACGCGACGGCAGACGGCGCCACCAACGGUUCCGACGCCGCAGCUUCGUCAAACUCCUCAACGGCCGGCUGGGAGAGAAACCCUAACGGCAACGCGCCAGGCGCCGCGGCAGACGACGGCGCCAGCCAUCCCACUGUGCCUCCCAACUCGUUUCCGUCCUCCGUGACUAGCAAUGGUGGCGUUGGCACAGCUUCUGGUUCUCCUGUUGCUGCUACGGAUACUGCCACUGCCAGCGGUUCAGGAGGCACCAGCCGUCGGCUGCGGCGGCCGCGGGUGAACGUGAGGGCGCCGGGCGUGAGGGCGUUCAAGCAGCUGCUGCAGCGCACGCAGCAGGCCAUGCUGAGAGACAGCCGGGUGGACGCGGGGAAGAUGGUCUACAGCUACAUGCACGCAUCGAACGGCUUUGCAGCGAUCCUCACGGCAGCGCAGGUGCAGCGCAUGAGGCGGCACCCCUCUGUGGCAUCCGUCACACCCUCUCGCACCAUCACACGCCGCGCCACCUCCAUUACCGACAGGCAAAAGUCUCUCAACCUGCCCCACGCCCUCUCUUCUGCUGCUUCCGCAGCUGCCACUCCUGCUGCCGCCACUCCUGCUGCAACCACUGCUGCUUCCGCAGCUGCCACUCCUGCUGCCGCCACUCCGGCUGGAUCGCCGAGCGACGGUGGCGAGGGCACGGUGAUUGGGAUUGUGGACAGUGGCGUGUGGCCGGAGCACCCCUCCUUUGACGACACCGGCUACAGCAGCUCGCUCCCUGCCGGGUGGGCGGGCACGUGUCCGACGACAAGCGACUUCGCAUGCAACAACAAGAUCAUCGGAGGGGGCAUCUUCUACACAGGGUUUGAGAGCGAACAUCAUGAGAGCGUGAACCUCACCCUCAACUGGCUGUCCCCGCGGGACUCUAGUGGCCAUGGCACGUGGUGUGCCGGAGCGGCAGCGGGCAACAGCGGCGUCAACGUGCCUGGCGGGGGCACCAUCAGUGGUGUGGCUCCCAAGGCACGCCUGGCCAUCUACAAGGUGUAUUGGCGUCACGGUUUGGCACCUGACUUGUACAUGGUCGCUACAUACGCAGACGUCUUUGCAGCCGUUGAUCAGGCCGUGGCGGACGGUGUGGAUGUGCUGGCCGUGCAUCUUAUCGACGUAGCACAGUCGUACGGUCACAAACGGAAUUACUUUGAAGACGUGCCUUUCAUCGGCGCUCUUGCGGCAGGAGUGACUGUGGUUGUGGCAGCAGGCGACGAAGGGCCGUCCAAGUACUACGAAUAUUGGACCGGCCGAUUAGAAGCCAUCGACAACUUUUCACCCUACUAUAUCACCGUGGGGGCGAGACUCCCUGCCACCACCACCCCUUCAGCAUUUACCCACCCAAGGGUUCCCUAUUGGUCCUCUUCCGGUCCAGUUAUGGUGGCCCAGUGUACCAUUUGCAAGCCAUGGAAAAAUUACCCCUCCAACGCCAUUGUCAAGCCAGACAUCAUCGGCCCGGGAGUCAACAUCCUUGCCGCUGCUCCCGGGGCAACCGUCGGCGAGACGGGGUCGUUCGUGACUGGUAACAGCACGGCCGUGGCAGCGGCAAAUGUUGCUGGUGUGGCUGCUCUGAUCAUCCAGCAGCAUCCUGAUUGGACGCCCUCGCAGGUCAUGUCUGCUAUGAUGACGACUGCGCGCCGCACAGACAACAGAAAGAAACUUAUUAGAAAUCUACAUUUGAAGCCGGCAUCACCGUGGCAAAUGGGAGCGGGGCAUGUGUUUCCCGCUAGUGCGCUUGACCCUGGGUUGACCUAUGAUGCCGGGGAGCAAGAUUUCCGCAACUUUCUUGCUGGGGUGAGGAUGGAGAGGGCUCGAAAGGCGUUCGGAGACGUGCCACUGACACCCGUUCCAGCUAGGAACCUGAAUCGGCCUGCUAUCUCGCUGGUCAACAUAGUGAAUAAUUAA